AAAAAAUUGUUAAUUUAAAUAUCAUUCAUUGAAAGUAAAAAAAAAAAUAAAUAAAUACAUAUCUGAUUUAGCAUAAUAUAAGUAAAUAGCAGCCAAAAUGAGUUUUAAAGCAUAGCUAGAAGUACUUGUUCACAUGGAAAGUUUUAGGAAUAUCAACAUUUAUCAUUAAGGGAUAUAUGUGAUGAGAGCUAGAAUAUUUCAAAGACUUGAGGAUGGAACAACUAUUAACGCACAUCCUUACAGAAUUGUUGAAUUUGAUUCGAGUUUGAUUAGAGAAAAAAUGAAAUAAAAGUACAAAUUAAAUUCUGAUUUAUAUGAUUGCUAUUUCUUUUCAAAAGGAUUUGUCAUUAAAUAUAUGGAUGAAAUGGUAGAUUUAGAUGAUAUUUGCCAUUUUAGAGCAGAAAUAGAUUCUUAUCCACAUUAUAAUGAAGAUAAUUUCUUUUUUACUGUUGACCUUAUGUUUGCUGAUCUUUCUUCUCAAACAUAAGAAAAUGUUUCACUCAAUGAUCCAGAUAAAGCAGCUUUUAAAGUUGUAGGAACUUUUGAAAGUCUUUUACAUAAUUCAUUCAAAGGUAUUAGAGAAUAUGUUCCUGUCUACUUUGGAGAUCUAUAUUACUCCUAAGUGAAUCUUACUGUGCAUACUGCACUUAUUAACUAUUAAUUUAGAUAUCUUCCUCCUAGAAUCACAGAGAAUGAAAAAUCAAAGAAAUAAAACCACAAUUAAGUUUAAAAUCCAGAAAAUUUUGAUUAGUUUUUUAGCAUUAUAACAGAUAACUUUAAACCAAGUUAAGUUGAUGAAAUUUAUAAUACAUAUGUUGGAUCUCUUAGAUUUGAUCACAAGAAGUUUCUUAAACACUUCAAGGAGUUAGCUUAAAAAAUGAUUAAAAAUGAGUUCAAGCUUUAAGAGAUAUAUCUAAAAAUUCAAGAACCUGCUAUCCCCGAAUAUCUUUAGCUUUAUUGGUAGAGCUAAAAUUAGCCAAAUAAUUAAGCUAUGGAAAAAAAACAAGAGGAUUCAAUUAAUUCUGAUAGAAUAGCUUCAGAGAUGUCAGUAUCAGAAGACAAUGAAGAGAUGAAAGGAGAUGAUGAAACUACCAUACCACAAGAUGAAACAGAAUUAAGUAUAUAAAUGACAACUUUCAAGGAUACUUCAUUUUAAAUUGAUAAAAAAUCCUACUAUAAUUCAUUCUACGACAUCACUAGAAUUCCGAUAAGCAAAUUUUUUGAUUUGAGUAAAUAGGAAACAAGAAAGCAGCUUGUUAAUGAAAUCUAAAAAGAAAUAAAUGAUAUGGCUGGUUGUCAAUUUUUACUCUGGAAUUAAUAUGUUGAAUUGCUCCGUUUAAAUACAAUUAAGUUUACUAAACUGCUUCUUGAUGAGUAUUAAUAUAAAAUAAAUGAUUAAUGGGGUCAGAGUAUAUUUAGAUACCCAGUAGUGAUUAAAGAAUAUUACAACUACAGCGAAUAAAGAAGUGCUAAAUAAAAUAUAAAACAAGCAAAAAAAUAUAGAAAAACUACUUGCUUUAAAAACAGAGAACCUUUAAAUAUAGAGGAUUUAAAUCUUUUUCCCAAAGCUAAAUUCCAUCCUAUCAUCUUCCACGAAGUGUAUACUAAAAACAAAGAAAUUAAUUUGGACACAUCUUCUUAUGAGCCUUUGAGGAGAGACGAAGCACAUGUGGUUGUCCUUGUCCAUGGUUUCUAGGGAAGUUCCUACGAUCUUAAACUAUUCAGUAACAAUAUAACAAUAAAGCAUCCAGAUGCAAUAUUUUUGCAUAGCUCUUGCAACGAGGAGUACACAGAUGGUGAUAUAGAAGUUAUGGGUAUCAGACUUGCAGAUGAAGUUGGAAAAUUUUUAAGUUCUUAACUAUAUGGAAGAAAAUUAAAAAGGCUAUCAUUUGUUGGUCACUCAUUAGGUGGAUUGAUUCUUAGAUCUGCACUGCGUCACUUGACCAUGUACUAGGAGUUCUUUUUUACUUUUAUAACAUUCUCUACUCCACAUUUGGGCUUUUUGUUCAGCUAAAGUAAAAUGGUUGAUGCAGGUCUUUGGUUUAUGAAAGCUUGGAAUAAAUCAGAAAGUUUAAAGCAAAUGACUUUAGCAGAUAAAAAAAAUUUAAGAGAGACCUUCAUUUAUUAAUUAGCAAAACAAACAGACCUUAGUAAAUUUAAGAAUAUAAUACUCUUUAGCUCUCCUUAAGAUCAAUAUGUCCCUUAUCAUUCAGCUAGGAUGCAGUAAACAACAAAAUAACAUAGUGAUUCAAAAUAAUCUGAAGUAUAUGAUGAGAUGCUGAAAGAGAUAUUUGGUAGAAUAACACUUGAUAGAAUCCAUAGAGUAGAUGUAUCUUUUGAAAUACCUGGAAAGGUUUUGGAUAAUUUUAUUGGAAGAGCUGCUCAUAUUUAAUUUUUAGAAAACGAAGCUUUAAUGAAAAUGAUUCUAUCUGAUUUUAAAAAUAUAUUUAUAUGAAAUUAUCUUUGUUUUAUUCAUUAAAUAAAUAAUUAAAUUAAGAUUAUAUAUAAUUAAAAAUGAUAAUUCAAUUAAUUUUGCAGCUAUUUUUUAAUUAAAAAAAACAUAAGAAAUAUUCUAAUAAAUGAUUUGAU